AUGAAGUCCACGAGACAUGGACAACCGCCGCAUAUACGCCAUCCCCUACCUUAUACCCGCCGUGUAGAGGUUCUAACGUGUGCAUUCGCAGAUAUUGACCCACCCUCGGAGCACAAACCUAUUGCGCGGCUUGCGCAUGGGCUUGACAGGGUGUUAUUUAAGCGCGUCUUUCUGCCCUGUGAAUUCCCCGGUGUUCAUUGGCUCCAAGAUCCACGCUCCCGUGUAUAUAAUUUCACGCCUUGGCUUGAAAGCAUACCCAAAGUCACAGAUUUCGCGUUCGAGCGCGUCACUGGGUUCAUACGGAGUUCUCAGGAUGAUGACCUUCAUACCCUCGCGAAAAUACACUCCCGACCAUACGUUGGCUCCACUUCCUCCCUCACUGGUCUGCUCAGCCAUAUUUACUUCCUCAUUUCUGGUGGAAAGGAAGUAGAUACGAGUGUUUUGAGCGGCGCUUUCGCGCAUGAGCCAACGAACUUUACCCCAGGCCAGCGCAUGCCUGUAUCAAUCGUGUUACGAUAUAAAGACGGUGUAUGGGCGGUCGACUCCGGCAAAGAUGGCGAGGAUGACAGCGAGAAAAAUGUAUUGACGUGGAUGGGCACUCUCCUGGAAAAAUUCUUGACAGUUCCAGAACCUGAGUUCAAGACUCUCCUGCGCUCCUCGCCCGCCCCAGCAGAAGGUGAGGAGGAUAAAAGGAGGGAGGCAUAUCGGUAUGCUAAGAGUAACCGCUUUUUGAUGCGCUCCCAGCUCGAUUGCGUCGACCCGCGCUUACCAGGAACAGGCGUUUUUGAUGUCAAGACCCGUGCUGCGGUGCCAAUCCGACUGGAUUUGCUGAAUUUCGAGGAGAACUCAGGUUACCUCAUUCGCACGCUUCACGGACCACUGGAGAGCUUCGAGAAAGAAUAUUACGAUUUGAUUCGAAGUGCAUUUCUGAAAUACAGCUUCCAAGCUCGUAUCGGUAACAUGGAUGGCGUAUUUGUUGCUUACCACAACACGGCCCGCGUUUUUGGAUUCCAAUACGUCUCGCUCGAGGAGAUGGACGCACGCUUGUUUGGACAAGAUGUGAAACCUGCUGGUGCUGUUAACGGUGAUGGUGCGCCUACCAGAGGCGCGCGCAUAUUCGAGAAGUGUGUGAAGGUGCUGGAAAUAGUGAUGGAUGAGAUUGUUGGAGUGUUUGGGGAGAGGAGCGUGAAAUGCACUUUCGAGACACGGGAGCGCUCGCCGAAGAUGAAUAUAUGGGUGGAGCCUGUCGAGUGGGAUGCAGAGAAAGAAGGGAAGGGAAAGAGCCUAACAGAGUCGAAGGAGACAGAGGAGGAAACGAAGGUGGCGGAACAAGAGAAAGAUGCUGAGGGGGAGGGCCGAGUGAAGACAGAGGAACCCCCAAUCGUUCAGAUCGACGUAGAGGUGCAGAACUUUGUCGCCGGCCAGCCUGUGUGGGGUUCAAGAGCGAUUGAUGUCGCGUCUGACGAGAACUGGAUUCUCCAUUGGGCGAUCUCGCAUAGCUCGUUGGAAGCCUCCAGAAUUCGGGCCAACCUCGCAUCUGCGAAAGACAGGCAGUUCCGUGCAUGGAAUUUCCCAGCAAAUAUCAGCCGACCGGAGGAGAUGGAGGCAUGGUGGAAUGCGCUGGAUUUUGGCAGACGGAAGAAGGCUGCUUCCCCUUCAGGCGAGAGUGAGGAAAUAGCAGCAGGCAGGCUACACGAUAAUGGCGCGCCGUCGUUCAAUCACAGGCUCUUCCGACCGGCGUCAACGAAUAUUGAGGUAUUGCGCCAGCUAUCAAGAGACGGGAGGGAAGAAACUUUGAGGGCGGAGGCCGAGGAAGAGGCCAUGGGAAGGGAGAAAAUCGUUUGGGGUCUUCUGGGGAAUGGAGGUGUUGCGAACAGUGAAAACAAGGAAGUGCCUGAGGAUGGCAGUUCAGCAUCGACCGUUACUCAGGCUUCAGAAAUGGGGACAGUCGACGCGGUGGCACAAACUAACGAGGAGAAGAAGUGA